AUGGCCCAAAAGCCGAUGGUUGCCUACGGGCUCGAUAAUUUUCGAUGUGAUAGUGAUGAUGACGAGGAAACACAAGAAAAGCCAAAGAUUGAACUCAAUCCUGUUGAACAAAAACCUAUUCCACCCAAGAAUGAGUUUACUUCUAAUUUACAAAUUUUGAGAGUCGAAACUCAUUAUGAUCUCUCUACGCCGUUGGCUCAGAAAGCGAUAAAAGGAACUUCAUCAGGACACACACAAACGUUCUACAUUGGCCCAAAUGGACUAAUUUUCAACGAUGACGACUCUUCCAAUGAUGCUAAAAAGAACAUGAAUAUUCCAUAUGACGAUUUGGAAUGUUACAAAAUGGGACUAGGGGCUGGUGCUUUCGGAUCUGUUGUACUCGCAAAACACAAACAAACAGGUCAAAAAUUUGCCCUGAAAACUAUUAGAGAAAGAAAAGGAGAUAAUGUAUUCUCAGACGACGAUGAAUCAGAUCAAAACAAAUUGAUUUGGGCUGAAUUCAAAGCCAUUUACGAAAGUGAUCAUCCUAAUUUACUCAAAGUGCACAAUUGUUAUUUCAGAGAUUAUUGUUUUUAUAUGUUGUUAGAUUUUUGCAAUUGUGGAAGCUUGAAGGACGUAUUCAAAAUCACAGAGGGAACCACGGAGCGAAUGAUGUCUGUAAUUGUGGAGAAGAUCCUAAAAGGUUUAAACUAUUUACAAAAAGAGAAGCAUAUCAUUCACAGAGAUAUCAAACCAGAAAAUAUUUUGGUGGAUUAUGACCUGAACACCCAGCACGCAGAGGUAAAGAUUGGAGAUUUUGGUUUAUGCGGACACAAAAAACUUGACAUCAACUCUGAUUUAGGAAAGACCAUGUUCAAUACUGUGAACGGUACAACAAUUUAUCUAUCGCCUGAAAGACUUCAAGGAUGCUCGUACAAUUACAACUCCGAUAUUUGGAGUUUGGGCGUAUUAACUAUUGAAUUGAUGACAAAAGUUCAUCCUUUGAGCACUCUUCCAACACUCUCCCAUUUUGACAUUGUAGACAAGCUUGAAAAUAUACAGAAUGAUAUCUCUGAAAUAAUAGAAAAAUACAAUGAAACCACGGAAAAGAAGUUGAGCCCAGAAUUCAGAGACUUUGUCUUAAAAUGUUGCGAGCCUGAAAAAAACAAACGACCAUUUGCUGAUGAACUUCUCCGCCAUCCAUGGAUUACCAAGUUUAAGGACGGAAAAAAUAAUGAAGAAUUAUUCUCGCUGUGGCUAAAACAAUUUUUCAUCAAGAAAAAGAGCAUCACUAAAUAA